GCUUAUCUGGCUAAAAAGAAAGAGAAACCAGGAAAAGCUAGCACCAGAGACAGAAAAGAAACAGGAGAAAAGGGAAGCUGAAGAAAAAGGGGAGAUGCUAGAAAUACAAAAAGGAAAUGGGGGAGAGAGAAGCUGAAGAAAAAGUUAGCAUCAGAGAAAUUGGGGAGAGAGAAAAAAGGGGAAAGUGAGAGAAAAAAUGGGGAAAAUGGAAUAAGCAUGGCAAGGCUUAUUUGGCUAAAAAGAGAUAGAAACAGGAAAGCUAGCACCAGAGAAAUAAAAGAAAUAGGAGAAAAGGGAAGCUGAAGAAAAGGGGGAGAUACUAAAAAUACGAGAUGGAAAGGUGGGGGGGGAGAGAGAGAAGCUGAAGAAAAAGCUAACAUCAGAGAGAGAAAUUGGGGGCGGGAGGAGCGAAAGGUGGGAAAUGAAAUAAACGUGGCAGGCUUAUCUGGCUAAAAGGAGAGCUAUCACCACAGAAGGAGAGAGAAGAAAGAGAGCGAAGCUAGCACCAGACAGAGAAAAGAAACAGGAGAAAAGGGAGGAAAGAAAAACACUAGUGGCAGUGAAGAUAAGGGGAGAGGCUAAAAAUACAGGUUUGCUGGGGUUAAAGAAAGCUGCAGAGAACAGACCAUUCUCACCCAUCCUUGGUCCCUAGGAAAUGCUACUGGUUGUGAGCAGGGGCAGAUGACCAUUUUGCUGGGCCCUGGGCAGUAUAAUUCCGCGGGGCCCCCCCUUUGCCAUGGCGCAUGCGCAAGGCUUUUUGAAGCGCAGGGCCUGGGGCGGCCGCCCCGUUCACCCUGCCUUAUAUCCGCCCCUGGUUGUGAGCCUUCUCACCCACCCAGGCUGACCAAUUGGUUGAUUUGCCCAAUCAGAGAAGCAGUGUCGACACAUCUUUUGGUCUGUCCAAUCCGAAGCACCCCACAACCCGCACCGGUCUGUCCAAUCAGAAGCAGCACAUACUUUUAAACUGUCCAACCAGAAAGCUCCCUCCCCCCAGUUUAUUUUUAAUGUUCUGGAACAAGAUUCAUUCUGGCCCAAUCACCUACUGUAUGCAUUCCCUCCCUUCCCACUGAUACAGGACACUCUAGUCAGGGUCAGGUAUUUCAGGGCAAGGAUUAUCAUGAUAGCACCGAUGUGGCCCUGCCAACACUGGUUCUCCAUGCUGAGGAAACUAUCAAUAGUGGACCCGGUGCGACUACCUAUAGUCUCGAAUCUCAUCAUGCAAGAUCUAGGGCAAGGGAUUCUCUGCCAUCCGAACUUGGGAGCCCUCCUCCUUGCAGCUUGGAACCUGAAUGGCUUUCCAAGGCUGCUCUCAGGAAGUCCAAAGGGUCUUACUGGAAAGUAGAAAACCAUCUACGAGGGCCCUUUAUGAAGCUAACUGGAAAAGAUUUGCGCUGUGGACACAACAAAGGAGCAUCGACCCGGUUUCAGCCAACAUUCCCCUGAUAUUAGACUAUCUACUAUAGCUCAGACACCAGGGCCUUGCCACGUCAUCUCUCAGGGUACGUCUAGACUACAGGCUUUUGUCGACAGAUACUGUCAACAAAGCUUCUGUCGACAAAGAGCACCUAGACUACAUCCAGUUCUGUCGACAAAGCAAGCUGGCUGGCCCUAUGGAUACUGCUGAGAGAAAAAGUUCCAAGAUCUGUGCACACUGCACACAGACACCUGAUUGGAAAGGACAUGAGCAACACAUCUCAAAGAACUACAGUUACGAGGUGAGCAGUGGGAAGAUACCAUCGAACCCCUUGCCAAGAAGAAGAAGACGGAGGAUGGACCUGGGACAUUCCCAGCGGGUGACACAUCCGUGAGCAUCUACGAGACCCUGGAGGCGGAGGCCAAGGGACUUCUGAACAACAUGUACGAGAAGCUGUACAAGUUUCUGCCCGAGGGCAACAUGUGGGAUGGACUGAAAUACCUCAAGGACCGCCUCACUACCUUGAAAGAAAGCUCUUCCUUGGACCCCAUCUGCAUCGGGCUCUUAGGGAACACUGGGACCGGGAAGAGCUCCCUGCUCAACGCCAUUAUCGAGCGUCAGUUCUUCCUGCCGACGUCGGGGUACCAAGCCUGCACCUCCUGCAUGGUGCAAGUCAGCAGCGGCCGGGGCCAAAACUAUGAGGCGAAGAUUCACCUUCUUUCAGAAGAGGAGUGGCAGGAGGAGCUGAAGAAUCUGGUGGAGGUUGUAGGCAAUCCUGAUGAGAAGGACAGCGAUGUCGAUGAAGCUCGCCAAAAGCUCCGAGUCCUCUACGGGAAAGAUGCGGAGACCAGGCCUUACAAAGACCUGCUGAAGGCAGAGCCACUGAUACAGAUCCCUCCCUUGCGGUGUGUGGUCCUCGAGGAUGAACAGGUGGAAAAACUCUCUGAAAAACUGGACCCUUAUGUCCGGUCUCAAAGAGGCGAGGAGGAGCCAGGCUCGGAUGCGGAGAAAGCCCUGGAUCGACUCUGGCCGCUGGUCAAGUACGUGGAAGUGAAGAUCCCGAAGUCGGACGUGAUUCCAGAAGGCGUCGUGUUUGUGGAUAUUCCCGGGACGGGGGAUUACAACAGCAAACGGGACGACAUGUGGAAAGAGAGCAUCAAAAAAUGUUCAGUCAUCUGGGUGAUCAGCGACAUCAGACGGGUUCUGGGGGAGAAAGGCCAUGAACAGCUGCUGGCAGAGGGCAUCAAAGCAUGCCAAGGCGGGAUGUGCCAGGACCUGGCCCUGGUGGUCACACAGUCGGAUAACCUGCAUCUGAAGGAAUACUUGAAGGAAAGGAAAGUGAAAAACAAACCCAUAAGAAAUGAACACGACGCCAUUAUAGAAAGGAACACAACGGUGAAACUGGAGAAGGGCAGCAAAAUGAAGGAGAAGCUCCAGAAAACUCUGGAAAGUGAUCUGGAGCUCCUGCAGAACCCUGAUCUAGUUUACACCGUCAGCGCCAAAGAAUACUGGGAAGGGAAGUAUCUCACGAAGGAGGAGACAGAGAUCCCCAAGCUGAGAGAGCACGUCAGGACUGUCUAUCGCAAGGAGAAGAAGAAGCAGCUGGAGGGUUAUAUGUCUGAGGUUCACAGCGCUGUCCUGCUGGCCCAGAACAACUUUACCAAAGAGGCGAUGGAUCUCUACCAGCAGAGCGACCUGGAAAGCUUCGUGGAGGGCAAGAUCGAGGCUUUGGAGAAGGAGAUUGAGAAGUGUUUUGCCCAGCUGGAGCAGCCCCUUGACAAAGGCCUGGAGGAAGCAAAGAUCUCUCAUGCUGAUGUUCUCCCACAGCUCAUUUCGCGCAACACCAACCGGAACAGCAACCAAGGUUUCCACAGGACCCUGAAAGCCUUGUGCCAGAAGAACGGGGUGUACAUGUCCCCCACCUUCGGCUACCUGGACCUCAACACCGCCCUGGCUCAGCCCAUCUAUGAUGCAAUCAACCCCGUGUUUGCAGAAAUAUUCAGGAGAGACGACCCCUGCCCUGUACAGGCUGCAGGGACACCGAGCUCCCAGCGCGCCUCGCUGAGGCCGUGCCUGGACAAGUUCAGAGUCUCAGUCCAGGUGAAGAUCCAAGACAUCAGGCAGACGAGGGCUGUGACCAGUGAUAACUGGAAGAUCAAGUUCUUCAUUGAGGAGACUAACAUCAUCCUGAACACGCUGGAAAGGAAGAUCCGGAAGAGGAAGAUGGAUAUUUACUUCUCCCUGGUGCAGUCCAUCCAAAGCGACUUACGACCUCACUACGAAGUGGCAGCUAAGAUCAGGGGCACGGGAACCUUCCAGCGGAUGCAAAAUGUGCUCGUGGAGAACAUUGGGAAGGAGACGAAGGGUGGGAUGUUUGAUGACGCAAAGGAGAAGAUGCUGAUGCAGCUCCAGGAUCUGAAGGACAAGAUCAAGAUGCAGCUGCAGAUGGCCAUCUCCAUCAUGUUCAAAGUCGCCCUGUUCCACUGGGAAGAACUCGCCGAGGAGCUGCCAGACUUCAACGUGGAAUACAGAAAAAUUAAUCGGCUGCUUGAACUGCUGAAAAAAAUGUGACUUUUCAAAGGAGGCAAUGACAAUUCUCAUUAAUGAAACCUUUCUUUUAGUGAGCUUUUGUACAGACUUUUUUUCCUUUCAUUUUGUGGGGGUGUUAAUUGAGCUAUUUCAAUGUCUCUCACUGAAGUAUGAGUAAAGUGGGAAUUUAAAAUACAGUGAUUGUAGCAUUAAUUAAUUGAAGCGGGAAAUACAGAUGA